AUGGCUAUAGAGAUUCAUUUUCUCAACAAGGCAUACUUGUUUUUGGUUUUCGUGUGCACAUUGUUCUUGAUUCAUGCAUGCUCGGCUCAAUCUUGUCCUCACCAACAAGGAGGUCUUGUUCUUUUUUCCUCCCUUGCUAAUUGGAACAAGUACAAUGCAACUCUGACCAUUACUCAACCAACACUAUUUGACAAAUCACCUGGUGUUAAAUUGUUUGCCAUUGUUAUUAAUAGUCCAGGUUCUUUGAUUUUCAAUGAUACCACUUUGAACGUAGAUUUGGAUUACAUCAAGGUGAACAGUGGUGGCAAGCUCAUUGCUGGUUCUCGCUCUUGUCCAAUUAUCAACAAGAUUACCAUUACUU